CCUUCAAGUUCGGGGGGCUGUACCUGCCUGCUCUCCUCCGGAGUCCGCGCAUCCUGCUCCUCCCGUCGCGCCCAGUUUCCCGGCAGCUUCCAGUUGCUCCCCAUUGCGCGGUCCUCAGCCCUGACCUCGUCCCCCCAGACUUGGAGCUCAGCCUCCCUUCCCCCCGCUUCCGAGCUUCGCGUCUUUCUCUUCCGUACCCUGAGCCCAGCUUCCCUUCACCUUCCUCCCUCACCCCCGAUCGCCAACCUGGUUCGUCGUUCCGGUGCCUGCACCACCCCCGCGCCCCGACCCCGAGACAACACACACUGUUCACCAACACACAGCGCGCACAAAAGCCCCUGGCCGGGGAAGCCGAGGGCUCGUCUUGCCCCCGGGGGGUCAAAUGCCAGAAGCAAAGGUCUCUAUGUUGACUAGUUGAGACAAAUAUAAAUAUGGCCUUCUACAGUUAUAAUACAGUCUUAGCUAUUACCGGAACAAGAUUCCCUAGCCAUUUUGUCCAUCCUAUCUGCGCUUGUUCUCACACAUCACUUGCACUUCUUCACUUGCCAGAUUUCUAUUUAAAUAAAACAUAUAUGAAGAACUAUGGAAGCAAGAAGUUCUCUUAUUAUAGUCAGCCAGGCAGUAAAGUACUUCAUGUACGAACUAGGAUAAUACAAAAGCUACAUACAUCAACUUGCUGGCUACAAGAGGUCCCUGGUAAACCUCAACAGGAGGAAACCACAAAAAAGCCAGAGGUGACAAGUCCUCAGCCCACAAAAGAAACUGACACGAAGAUUAAGGAAGAAAAGCGAUCUUUCAGGCAAAAAAUUGUGGAUGAACUUAAAUAUUAUUAUAAUGGAUUCUAUUUGCUUUGGAUCGAUACCAAAAUUGCCAUCAGAAUGAUUUGGAGGCUGUUGCAUGGACAGGUGCUGACCAGACGAGAUAGGAGAAGGCUUUUGAGAACUUGUGUUGAUUUGUUCCGCCUGGUUCCAUUUAUGGUGUUCGUAAUUGUACCCUUCAUGGAAUUCUUAUUACCAGUAUUUGUGAAACUCUUCCCAGAGAUGUUGCCAUCAACUUUUGAAAGACAAUCCAAAAAGGAAGAAAAACAGAAAAAGAAAGUGGCUGCAAUGUUGGAACUAGCAAAAUUUCUUCAAGAAACUAUUACAGAAUUGGCAAAGAGGAACAGAACCAAGUUGGGAGAAGCCUCUACACAGUUCUCAAACUAUGUCGAACAGGUCCAGACAGGCCACAAGCCCUGCACAAAGGAGAUAAUUCAAUUUUCCAAACUCUUUGAGGAUCAGCUAACCCUGGAACACCUAGACCGACCGCAACUGGUUGCCCUUUGCAAACUGCUAGAAUUACAAUACUUUGGAACCAAUAAUCUGCUUCGCUUUCAACUCCUGCAGAGACUGAAGUCUAUAAAAGCAGAUGAUGAAAUAAUUGCCAAAGAAGGAGUGGGUGCUUUGAGCGUGUCAGAACUACAAACUGCCUGUAGGGCCCGAGGGAUGAGAUCGCUGGGUCUCACUGAGGAACAACUGAGACAACAGCUGACAGAGUGGCAGGACCUCCACCUGAAGGAGAAUGUCCCUCCUUCUCUUUUGCUCUUGUCACGAACCUUCUACCUAAUAGAUGUGAAGCCAAAGCCAAUCGAGAUACCAUUAAGUGAAGAGCCACCAAUGACGAAUAUUCCUGUGGAAUCAACUACUUCCCCUAAAUCUAAAGAGAACAUGGUGGAUAUUGCCCCUCAACUGAAGGGAACUGAGGAUGAAGAAUUUAUACAGCUGCCACCAGUUACCGCAUCACCCAUAGCACCAUCAGUACCUAUUUUAUUACCUAAGGAACCCAUUACUUCUGCUAAAGAAGCUGUACACCAAGCCAAAUCACAAAAGACAACCCAGAACAGCAAGGCUAGUUCAAAAGGAGCCUAAGGAAUCUUGGAGGCUGAAGCUCACGCUUUCCAGCGUCCUGCCCUCAGCAGUAGUAUACAUAAAGGACCUCCCAGCUAGGACUGUCUGUGUCUGGUUUGAGAUCGGGGAUCAGCCAUUUAGUCCUUGGAGCCAUCCGUUGAGGCCUUCCAAUCAUUCCAGAUGAUAUCAGCAGUGAGAGCAAGGUCAGACCAUUUAGAAAAAUGUAUUUGCAAAGUCCACUUCUUCUGUUUCAUUAUGUCAUCUCACUAAAUUUUGUGUAAAGCCCCUCACCCUCACCUCCAUGUUAUUUUUAAACAGCUUCCUAUUUGUGUGCAUGUUCUUUAAAGGAGGGAAUUUUUUGCAUAAUGGAGUCAGGCUGGUACCUUAGAUACCUCUGCCUCCUCUGGCUUGUAAACAUGUAGCCCAAGCAAGAACUUGGAAACUCCAAAGAUCAUUGCAAGAGCACCUCUUCAGCUUUUUCAGAGUGAUCCAGCAAUAGGAAGUAUCCUGGAAACAAAGUACCCUGUGAAACAGAAUGGAUAUACUCCCCAGGAAGGUUUUCCUGGAUGUAAAGAAGAAAACACUUUUUGGAGGAGAAAACCGGGAGUAAAGCAGACUGGCAGUCACAGAGAGUUGGCUGCUGCGUGGCUGUUCUGAGACAUCUCCCUCUUGGGCCUGCAGAAGCUGCAGGAAUCUGGGAGGCUGCCACUAUUCUAGCACAUAUGGUUUUCAUUAGCCACCAUUUUGCUAGGAGACAUAAUUAAGGGCUUAAGGCUUAACGAUUUGUCUGUGCAGGGUGUGUAUUUUUCUGGUCUGUUUGUCUUUCACAAACAAGACUAUUUGUUAGUCAUAGGGGUUGUUAAAGUUUGAUAUAAUCCCUAAGCUACUCAGUAACAAGUAUUAUGUUCAGGCAUUUAUGUUUAGUAUUGUCAGUACUGGAAAACUUAAGAUAACAAAUAGACUGCCAGGCAACCGACCAACAGCUUUCUUCCGGGUGGGGGGGGGGGGUCACCUAGAAGGGAAAAUAGAUUUUGACUUACGGGUGAAGUUAGAUUUCUUUACUGCCAGUCAGAUGCUAAGAAAUUAAAAGCAGUUAGGUGGGAGUCAGUUAAACCAAGUAAAACUCAAAUCUCCCUGUCUGGGAUCACCCGAAUGAGGAAUGUCAUCAGCACUUUGCAGCAAGAAUAUGCACUUUUCAAAGCUUCCUAAACCACCUCUCUACAAGAGGACAAGUCCCAUCACGUCCGCUAAUGAACUCCACUUCCUUGAGGAUGAGUCCCUACUGUGUAGCACUCCACGGAUCUUGCCAUUGGCCUAGCAAGGUGAUUCACAAUAAAUU